UCCACUCUUGGUCUGUGAAAGAAAAUCAGUUUUGUACGCUAUUAUUAAAGUAUAUCUACAGAGUUACAGAGCCAGACUAGGGUAUUGUGUCACUGCCGUCAACAGGUAGAUAUGGCACAGGACGACUUCACAGAGUUCUGUGGAAAUAGUUCAAUAUUUGAUUUGGACCUCCUGCUGAACAACACCUGGCCAGAAUUCACACUAUGCUUCAGGAACACCCUGAUAGUAUGGGUGCCUUGUGGCUUUGUCUGGGUUUGUCUCCCCUUCUAUCUUGUCUAUCUCUGCUGCUACGCAGAUGGUUUCAGGAUACGGGUCAAUAAACUCAACCUAUCCAAAACUAUUCUCAGCUUUCUUCUGUGUAUAGUCUCAGUGAUUGACACUGUGAAGGUGGAGUCAGAUCCACGCAGCCAAUCAGAUUCGAUUCCUGAUGUUGUGUAUUUGACUGGAGGCAUCAAGGCAGCCACAUAUUUGUUGACAGUAAUUCUGAUACAGGUAGAAAGAAUUAAAGGUAUAAUUACCUCUGGUGUCUUGUGGAUAUUCUGGUUUGUAACUGUCAUAGGAAAUAUUAUCCCAUUCUACACUAAAAUUAAGUUAAAGGAGUAUGACAGCCACCUGUUCACAUUUUCUAUAUUUUAUGUCUACUACACAUUGCUACUGGUACAGUUUAUUUUGUCAAGUUUCUCUGACAAGUUGUCUCGUGGGGGCUACCAGUAUUUGGGAGAGAGACCAUCACCAGAAGUCUCAGCUUCUUUUCCAAACAGACUUUCAUUCUGGUGGAUAAAUGGUCUGGUCAUGCGAGCAUAUCGUAAAGGGCUAAAAGAAGAUGACUUGUUUGAAUUGCACCCAAGAGAUAAAGGAGAAAGAGUUGUCCCACAGUUUGAGAAUGCCUGGCAGAAAGAGUUGGUCAGUGCUAGAAAAAAGAAACGUGCACAAGAAGAGAAGGAAAGAAGAGAAAGAGGUAUUGCAUCCUUCUACAGAAGUGACGAGGGAAACAGUGUAAAGAUAGAAACAAAUGAGAAAACUCCAUUGAUUCGUAAUGGUAAUGCAUCAACAACCACGGCUAAGGAUGAUAAAAAAGAAAAUAAAGAUCUUUUACCUGCUUCUUUACUUAAGGUGCUAGCCAAAACUUAUGGCCUAGACUUGCUUUUGGCCCAUUUCAACAAGUUUAUUUAUGACCUCUUACAGUUUGUUAGUCCCUUGCUACUCAGUGAGUUGAUUGAUUACACCAGUAACAAACAAAAACAUCAGGAGAACAACCAAGAGUGGAAAGGUUAUGUUUACGCCUGCUCUUUCUUUGUUGUCUCCAUGAUGGGCUCCAUCAUGUUCAACCAGAACUUCCACAUUGGGAUGUCUCUAGGGAUGAGGAUCAAAGCUGCUCUCAUAGCUGCUGUUUACAAGAAGAGUCUGACAGUAAGCAAUGAAGCCAAGAAGGAAACAACAGUUGGGGAAAUAGUCAACCUGAUGUCUGUAGACUGUCAGAGGAUGCAGGAUGUUACAGGGUACCUGUGGAUGCUUUGGUCAGCUCCAUUACAGAUAACACUAGCCCUGUACAUGUUAUGGGAUGUGAUGGGCGUGGCUACACUGGCAGGUCUAGGUGUGAUGAUUCUACUGAUGCCAAUCAACGGUCUCAUAGCCAUGAAACAAAGGAAAUAUCAAAUCAGUCAGAUGAAGUUCAGAGACCAGAGAAUAAAACUCAUGAGCGAGGUCCUUAGUGGAAUCAAGGUGCUAAAACUGUAUGCUUGGGAGCCAUCUUUCCAGGAAAAAGUUGAAGAAAUAAGGGGAAAAGAGCUGAUUCUGUUGAAGAAAACAGCCUACUUGAAUGCUUUCUCUACAUUCUGCUGGACAUGUGCACCCUUUAUGGUAACCUUGGCAACCUUUGCCACCUAUGUUCAGGUGUCUGACUCCCACUACCUGGAUGCUAACAAAGCAUUUGUUGCUCUGUCGUUGUUCAACAUUCUGAGGUUCCCCAUUAAUUUACUACCAAUGAUGGUCUCAUUCAUUGUACAGGCCAUGGUAUCACUUAAAAGAAUAGGAAAAUUUCUGAGACAAGAUGAUUUAGAAGCUGAUAGUGUACAAUAUAACUCAAGUGCUGAACAUGCUAUAAAAAUACACAAAGGAACAUUUACUUGGGACAAAACCCAUGCUACUCCAACUCUAAAUAACAUAAACCUCUCUAUACCUGAUGGUCAGUUGAUAGCUGUUGUUGGUCAAGUUGGUGCUGGGAAAUCAUCACUUAUUUCAGCCAUUUUGGGAGAGAUGGAGAAACUGCAAGGAGAAGUAACUGUGAAGUCCAGCAUAGCCUAUGUACCCCAACAAGCUUGGAUCCAGAAUGCCACACUCAAGAAAAAUGUUCUCUUUGGUAAAGACGAGGACCACAAGGUCUAUGAUGAAGUACUGGAGGCCUGUGCCCUCAAACCUGACCUGGAGAUUUUACCUGGGGGAGACUUGACAGAGAUUGGUGAAAAGGGCAUCAACUUGAGUGGUGGCCAAAAACAGCGUGUCUCAAUGGCCCGAGCUGUCUACAGUGAUGCAGAUAUUUAUUUGUUAGAUGACCCUUUGAGUGCUGUUGACUCACAUGUUGGAAAACAUAUUUUUGAAAAGGUCAUUUCAUCAAACAAUGGCUUGUUGAAAAAUAAGACUCGUGUACUGGUGACACAUGGAGUUCACUGGUUACCUCAAGUGGACAAGAUUGUCGUCAUGACAGAUGGCAGAAUCUCUGAGGUCGGGUCAUAUGAACAGCUGUUGUCACAUGACGGGCCGUUUGCUCAGUUUUUGAAGACUUACCUCACACAGGAGGUGAACGAUGAGGAGGCUGAUGAUCCAGAGAUUGCCGCCAUCAAAGCACAAAUCCUUGAUAAAGUUGAAACUGUUACAUCUGAUGGUUUGACCUCUGGAGAUGAAAAAACAAGAAGCAGUCCACGAAAACUGUCCAGGCAGAUCAGUAAACACUUGACCAGCUCACAUAAAGAAAAAGAUGUGAAGGAAGUGGUCAAGACAGACACAAAGAAAUCUAAACCUGGAACAGAACUCACUGAGGAAGAAAAGACAGAAACAGGAAAGGUCAGGUACUCUGUUUUCUUGGUGUACUUCAAGGCUAUUGGCUAUGCUGCCACCAUUUUCUUCUUCACAUUUUUUGCUGGCUACCAAGCGGUCAAUGUUUACUCCAGUAUCUGGUUGUCAGAGUGGACAGCAGACGACAUCCUGACCAACAGAUCACUGUCCAACACUAGCCAGUACCAGGAUAGAAAUGACUUGUAUCUGGGUGUUUAUGGUGCACUGGGAGCUGGACAAGCGAUUCUCAUCCUGUUCUACUCCAUCAUCGCCUCCAUCCGCAUGGUGCGCGCUGCCGGAUCCCUUCACAACGGCAUGCUGGGAAAUGUCCUGCGAUCUCCCAUGUCCUUCUUUGACACCACUCCCUCAGGUCGAGUGGUGAACAGGUUCUCUGGUGAUGUCGAGACAGUGGACAACACCCUGCCCCAGCUCUUCAGGAGCUGGAUGAACACCUUCUUUGGUACCAUCAGCACCAUCAUCGUUGUCAGCUACAGCACACCCAUUUUCAUGGUGGUCAUUCUGCCUGUUGGAAUACUGUACUAUCUUGUUCAGAGGUUCUACAUCCCAACAUCCAGACAGUUAAAACGUAUUGAGUCCACCACAAGAUCCCCCAUCUUCACCCACUUCAGUGAGACCAUCACUGGGGCAGCUUCUAUCAGAGCUUAUAAAGCCACAACAAGAUUUAAAGAGGAGUCACAGAAAAGAGUGGAUAAAAAUCUGGUCUUCUACUUUGGUGGGAUUGCAUCCAACAGAUGGCUGGCUACUAGGCUGGAGUUCCUUGGUAACAUUGUGGUGCUGGCUGCUGCUAUGUUUGCUGUGGUCUCAGAAGAUAUCAGUGCUAGUUUGGUGGGACUCUCUGUCUCUUAUGCUCUGCAGGUUACUGGUGGGUUGAACUGGAUGGUGAGAAUGACCUCUGACCUAGAAACAAACAUUGUAGCUGUGGAAAGGAUCAAAGAAUACACAGAGACUCCAUCAGAGGCUGCUUGGAUUAACCCAUUUAGGCGGCCACUGGCCAGUUGGCCCCAAGAAGGUGCAGUUAGUUUUAUCAACUACAAGACCAGGUACCGACCUGGUUUAGAUUUGGUGUUGAAAGGUCUUAGCUGUGAGAUCAAGGGUGGCGAAAAGGUGGGUAUUGUUGGCAGAACAGGAGCUGGAAAAUCUUCAAUGACAGUUGCGUUGUUCCGCUUGAUUGAAGCUGCCAGUGGUAGCAUUGUGAUAGACAACACCAGCAUUAGUGACAUAGGGCUGCAUGACCUCAGGUCAAAGAUCACCAUUUUACCACAGGAUCCUGUCUUAUUUUCUGGCACACUGCGCAUGAACCUUGACCCCUUUGAUUCCUACUCUGAUGCCAUGAUAUGGCAAGCUCUUGAACACGCUCACCUGAAAACAUUUGUGGAGGAAGUUCCAGGUGGAUUGUCUUAUGAAUGUGGAGAAGGGGGGCAAAACUUAAGUGUGGGCCAAAGGCAGCUUGUUUGUCUAGCCAGAUCUCUACUUCGUAAAACCAAAAUUUUAGUGCUGGAUGAAGCUACUGCAGCUGUUGAUAUGGAAACUGAUGACCUUAUACAGAAGACAAUUAGGACAGAGUUCAAGGACUGCACUGUGCUUACCAUUGCCCACAGACUCAACACUAUCAUGGACUAUGACAGGAUCAUGGUGCUAGACCAAGGUGAGAUAAAAGAAAUGGAUUCACCAGCCAACCUGCUAGAGAACAAAAGUUCUUUGUUUUAUGGAAUGGCUAAAGAUGCCAAUCUUGUUUAAUUGUAUACAGGGUAUAGGAAAUGUUCAUCAUUUUAAGAAAUGCAUAAUAUCCAUAUUAUUAUCUUUUUGUUGUGAACCCAAUGUUUUAGAACUUGGUAAGUUUUCCCAAAUUGCUCAAUAAUAAUUAUUUUUUAAAAUAUAUUUUACAUUUUGAAAUAUAUUUCUAAAACCACAAAUAAUGUACUUACAGAUAUUUCUUACCUCAUGAACCAUACAUAAAUUACAUAUUGAUAUUUCUGAUUAAAUUUGUCCUCAAAUUAACAGAUUAACAGUCAAAUAUGUGACUUGAUGUGUCACCUACAUUGGUAUAAAGCCACAUAAUAAUUUAUAAUAAUCAUUUUUUACAUGUAGAAAUCAAUUUUAGUAUUGCCCAGAGCUGCUAUAAUUUUUUUAAAAUUAUUUUUAUACAAAAAUUCUACUUAAAUUUUUUAAAAUGGUAAAUUUUUAUUUGAUUUUUAUAAUAAAUCCAGAAAUAUAUCAUAUAUAUAUAUAUAUUUAUACAUAUUUAUUUAAAAUUUACUAGGUCUAUACAUCAUAGUUUAUUAAGUUCAACAUACAAUUCCAUAUUAAUUUUUAAAUAAAAAAUGUCAAUUAUG